AUUUCGCCGUUUUCUUUUCGGCGAUAAAUCUUCUAUGCAAUAUUCGGAGAUACAAUUGGCAGCAUCGGAAUAUUAUAAUGGAAUUGAGCUGGAUGAUGGUUCGAUUCAUAAGUCCGUUACUGAUCAAACUAGAAUUUUUUCCGGAAAGAAGAAAUGCAGGUGUCUAUAUAAAUUCAAAAGGUCGAUGGAUUCUUAACUCAUAAGUAAGUGUGUUAGCAGCAAGAUUACUCGCUCAUUGUGACUUACACCAUACAAUUAUCACCAUGGCAGUUGUUGAAAUCGUCCUCCCUCAAAUUAAAAAGGAUCCCGAAUCCGCUAAGGGAGCAGUCGGGGUUUACCCAUUCGCAUUUAAUGCCUUCAAGAACGGAGGUGUUAUACGAGGACUUCAAGGACGAAUCGUCUCUGAAGAUGGCAAAGACACGAGUUCAGACUCUAGAGGGCUCCUAGUUCUCGAAUGGCCAGAAGUAUCUACGUUUCAAUCCUUCAUUCAAUCUCCAGCAUUUGCCGAAUUCGCCGGCGCGAUGAAACCUUUCUCAAGCGGCCCUCCAGAUCUAAGCGUCUUUGAGACAAAUCCCGCUUCCCACCUCUUUGGUACACAUCCCGUUCUGGAAGUUUUGGUGAUCCGUCCCAAGAAUCCGUCGAAUGAGAGUGAAGUACAGACAAUUUUGAAGAAGAUCCAGUCCAACUCUACGAAAAGCAGUGACACCAAUGCUGUAUAUGGAAGCACCGUGAAUCUUCCCGAGAAGAGGGUCGGCGUUCUUAGGAUAUUUGCGAAUAAGGAGGAACUCGCUGACCCGAAGAAUGCCUCAUUACGCCAAGACAUUAAGAGCGAAAUCGGAAGUCUAGCUGAUAUAACUCAACUUGUCGCAGAGGUCAAAUCAAUCCCUCUAUGAAUGCGCCAUGCGUACUUCCAGCAACAUCAGACACAUCCUAGGAUAGCCCAACUCCCCUCUGUAUAG